UCGUGACGUGAUUAGGGCUGUAUCUCGUCCCCUCGUUCGUUCUCUGUGUUGUUGUCCUCGGUGACGCGACGGAGGUGUAGCCUGACGCGGUCUCUUACGUGUCGGACUAAAUAAAAGUGGAGCUCCGGAGGCCUGGGAGUGACGAGGCGAGUCUGUGUCUGGCAAUCUAAAUGACCAUGGAGGCAGGAGCAGAUGUCCAGCAGGGCGGCGACACUGCAGUCUCAGAGACAGACACUCAGCAGAUUGCCACCUUGGCGCAGGUGUCCAUGGCGGCAGCACAGGCAUCAGCCACUGGGCCCACUGUGACCUUAGUUCAGCUGCCCAAUGGGCAAACGGUGCAAGUUCACGGGGUCAUCCAGGCAGCCCAGCCCUCCGUCAUACAAUCCCCACAGGUGCAAACUGUACAAAUUUCUACCAUUGCUGAGAGUGAUGAUUCACAGGAGUCAGUGGACAGUGUGACAGAUUCCCAGAAAAGAAGAGAGAUCCUGUCUAGACGGCCCUCAUACAGAAAGAUCCUGAAUGACCUUUCAUUCGAUGCUCAAUCAGUCCCACGGAUAGAAGAAGAGAAAUCUGAGGAGGAUUCCACUCCAGCCAUAACAACUGUUACCGUGCCAACGCCCAUCUACCAGACAAGUAGCGGCCAGUACAUUGCUAUCACUCAGGGUGGGGCGAUCCAGUUAGCCAAUAAUGGAACAGAUGGAGUUCAAGGGCUACAGACCCUGACCAUGACGAACGCAGCAGGCGCUCAGGCCGGCACCACCAUCCUGCAGUAUGCACAGACCAGCGACGGCCAGCAGAUACUGGUGCCCAGCAAUCAAGUGGUUGUACAAGGAGAUGUUCAGGCGUAUCAGAUCCGCACCGCAGCUGCUAGCACCAUCGCUCCAGGGGUGGUCAUGUCCUCCUCUCCUGCGCUGCCCGGCCAGGGAGGAACUGAGGAGGUCACACGCAAGCGGGAGGUUCGGCUUAUGAAGAACAGGGAGGCAGCACGGGAGUGCCGCAGGAAAAAGAAAGAGUAUGUUAAGUGUCUGGAAAACAGAGUGGCUGUGCUGGAGAAUCAGAACAAAACGCUCAUCGAGGAGCUCAAAGCUCUAAAGGACCUUUACUGUCACAAAUCUGAAUAAUGGUCCUCACACAUACAUCCUGAACGGAUCUCUUCUGGUGCCUCAAGAGACAGAGACUCUGAACGUAACACAGGCACCUGCAAAGCAUCUCUGUCUCUUUUCAUUUCGGUUUCUUUUUCUUUUUUAAAAUAUUAUCUUCUGUAAAAAAAAAAAAAAAAAAACACAAAAAAUUCAGUUAUCAGGAAUACAUUGUAAGUUUGUAAGUGUAAACUUUUUUAUUUACUUUUUUCUCUUAAGAAGAAAAAAAAAAAGAAAUGCAGGGUACAGUUUCGUUAUCAAACACGUUGCCCUACUUGAGGAGCGUCGCCAACCAUAAAGCGCACCUUUCAGCUGCAACCGUGACCGGGAAUGAAUGUUUGUGUUGGUUUAUGAUGGAAACAGCCCGGGGUGCUGCUUCUGAGACCUGCUCCUGUCACUCUGAGGUUCUCAUUUGAAAGACUUUCCCACACUGCAGCAGUCGUGGAUGCCGCUGCCUGCCAGCAUGAUUAAACCCAUCGAGUUUCUCACUUUUGCAGCAUGGGUCUUUAAUGAUUGAGAUUAAAUCAGAUGUGCCCUCUCCUGUUGUUUUACUGCUUCAGUUACUAAUACAUAUACUCAUUUUUUUUGUUCUUAUGAAGACACAUACGUAUAUAUAUAUAUAUAUAUAAAAUAUGUCUCUGUUAUGACUUGGAUUGGUAUAGAAUGCGCCAUUGUCUACUUUUUCUUAAGCAAUGUUGCUUUUGUUAAAAAAUUAAUUGCUAUAAGAAAAAAGGUUAAGUCCCAUUUGUUAACAAAAAUAGGUGGAUGCAUUCAAACGUGGGAUGAUGGGGUUUGAAAAAGUGUUGUAAAAACAGUAAAUUAAUUAUACUAUGUGAUUUUCAGUGAGCAUUUGAUAGCCCAUCAUCAGAAAAUCAUUUUUAACUUGUUACGUGUGCUUCUAUUGUAAUAUAUUGGAAUUUCUUCAUCGAUGUCAGACUUUACACGUCAGUUUGGUGCCAUCUACACUGAUCAGAGACUUAUUGUGUUGUUUCCCUUAUAUUUUGGGCAAAGAUUUUGAUAUACAAAACUGAUCUCUGAUCAGUGGAGAAGUUUUUUCUUUUGUUCCACAUUUCAGUGAUGGAAAUGCUAUUGUUAUUCUCUUCUGUCUUUUGCCAUAACAUGUAGCUGUCCACAACUACAAUGUAAAUGUUAUUUUUAAGCUUUUUUUUUUUUUUUUUUUUUUUUUGGAUUAUGUAUUGUAUUUUUAAGAUAUGUUGCUUAUGUGUAACCUAAAUUAGUUAAAAAAACAAAAGCAUUCUGGUGCAGUCUUUCAUCAACAAUUAUAUAUUUGGCAGCUGUUCAUAAUCAAA